AUGGCGUCUACUACUGAACAAAGGCAAUCACAGCAGCCUGUUUCGUCCUUGACAAAAUUGCUAAACGAGUCGUCCACACCACUGUCUAGAAAUGGAUCUUCAACCACAUUGACAGCAGAUGGCAAGGAGCAAGCCAAUACAGCUGCAGAAAAUCCCGGAGCUGCUAGUAUUUCUACAAAACAAAAGGCUGCACCAAACUCAGCAUCGAAUGGUAUAGCCAUCAGAAUCAACAACCAACCUCGACUUUCUAGAGAGUCUUCAAGUUCGAACUUGGGACCAGAAGUCAUAAAUGGAUUCGACCCAUCUCCAAACACCAAAAUCUCCUCUCCCAAUAUUCCUUCAUUCACUCCAGCAACAGCAUCACCGUUCACAAGACAACCAUCAAACUCGCUAUUAAGCAACCAGCUAUUCCAAAACACUGCAGCACACAGAAACACAGCUAGUCCGAGAAAUCUCCGCAACAAUUCGCUAAGCCAUUCCUCAUUCACGGCACAGAUGGGCAGUGAAAGUUUAUCGUCCUCGAUACCAUACUCUGCCCCAGGCGGUAAAAACUCCAACACUGCACAACACUCUCAAAGUGGCGCAAAUGGAUCUUCAUUCCAACGUGAAUCCUUCUUGUCGCAACCUCUACCACCACAAGCACAAGCACCAGCACCAUCAUCAUCAUCAGCACACCAACAAACACAACCAUCAAUAAAUGGCGAACCAACUUUUUCCACCUCACAUAUCCCCAAUCUACCAAACGGCCAACCAAUCAACAGUAUAAACAUUCAAUCCCCACAAGUGAGUUCAUCGAGCAUCGACUCCAGAUUUGUCAUUUCAAAACAAAGAGUAGCUCAAGCCCAAGCUGCGCAACAAGCGCAACAGGCCCAAUUGGGCUCGUCACAUAGAUCGGGAUCUCAAAGCGGACUAUCCUUUUUUUUCUCAUCCUCUUCUCUGUCAAAAAACAAACCAUCCAAAAAGAACUCCUCGACUGAUUUGGGCUCCUUCUAUAACAACUCGUACCAGGACAAUGAAGUGUCAGGCUCACCUGCAUCUUUCUCCUCAAGCGAUUCACUUCAAUCGGCCGUGGCUUUUAGCACAAAUGGAUCAGCAACACCCUCAAGACACAACUCAAUGAGCAACUUGAAACGGUUUUUUAAGAAAUCUACACCGGCACAGCCUCCAGCUUCGUCUAAUUUAUCUUCAUCUUUGCGAAGUAACGGCAACAACAGUAGUAGUAGUAAUAGCGGUGCUGGUUUUGGUUUUGGUGGAGGAACCGGAUUUAGCGGCGGUCAUGCCAGCGGUCAUGCCAGCAAUUAUGCCAGCGGUUCUGCUGGUAGUGUUGGUGGUGGUACUUCGCACUCUGUUAAUAUCCCUUCACCUUCAACCAAUUCAUUUACACAUAGUGGUCAAAACUCCAUUAAUGGAUUAGGUGAUAUGAUGUCAACUUCCUCAUAUUCUGCUUCACCCGGUGCAGCGUCAUCCAUAUCAAUCAGCCGCUCAUCAACAUUACUGAACAAAAUUAACUACCAAGAACGCCGUUCCUCGGUUUCACAUGUUCUCAACCAAAACCAACAACUCCCAUUUUCAAAAAGAUACAGCAAAUUUGGAGAAAAUUUGGGUGCAGGAGCUGGUGGCGCCGUGAGGUUAGUAACCAGAAUUAGUGAUGCCAAGAUGUUUGCCGUGAAGGAGUUUAGAGCCAAGUAUCAAACUGAAAGUAAACGUGAUUAUGCAAAAAAGAUUACUGGGGAAUAUUGUGUGGGAUCAACUUUGAAGCAUCCAAACAUUAUCGAGACUGUUGAAAUCUGCUAUGAGAACGAGAGGAUCUUGCAAGUUAUGGAAUAUUGCGACUAUGAUUUGUUUGCCAUCGUGAUGUCCAACAAGAUGUCUCGCGAGGAGAUUAAUUGUUGCUUUAAACAGAUCCUUUCAGGUGUUCACUACCUCCAUUCCUUGGGUUUGGCGCACCGUGAUUUAAAACUAGACAAUUGUGUUAUUGACUCUAGAGGAAUUGUCAAGAUUAUUGACUUUGGUUCAGCUGUGGUGUUUUCAUACCCUUUCUCAAAAACACUUAUUGAGUCCCAAGGGAUCGUUGGUUCUGAUCCUUAUUUGGCACCCGAAGUGUGUGUUUUCAACAAGUAUGACCCUCGGCCAGUUGACGUAUGGUCAACUGCCAUUAUCUUUUGCUGUAUGAUGUUGAAAAAAUUCCCAUGGAAGGUUCCCAAACUCACAGACUCAAGUUUUAAACUCUUUGCCACCCGGGGAGAGUUUAUCCCCAUUUCGGAAAUGUUGAAAAAGACACCGCAAGAUAUGGAGACUUCGACGAGCCGAGGAUCGUCAGGUGGCUUGAGCAAUUUGGAUGAUAUCAGUGAAGCAUUGGAAGAUGAGAUCACUUCGAAGAAGGCCACCCCAGAACAAAAUACUACAAAUUUCAAGAAUGGAGAUACGCCUUCCUCGGCUGCCAAAGAUCACACAUCGAGUGAAACCGGAGCCAAUAGGCUUCUUUUGGCUUUACCCGAGGACUGCAGAAAAUUAAUUGGAAGGAUGGUGGAGCUUGCACCGGCGUGCAGAAUCACUAUUGAUGAAGUGUUUGAAGACCCAUGGCUAAAAUCUGUGUGUAUGUGUACGAUUGAGGAGACUGCACCAGGUACAGGCGAGUAUGAUGUUAUAAAGUGCCAAGAUCACGAGCAUACUCAAGUAGAUCAGUCCAAGGCUCACAUCGCAGCAUUUGAAAAGGGCAAGAAGAAAUAA